AUGUCGGAUUUAAGCAACAUCCUUGCUGCACUUGCUGCACAACAGCGACAAGGAGGAACACCGUCCCAAGCUCCUCCGCCAUUACCAGGAGCCGGCUUCCCUCCGCCGCAAUAUGCCACUCCUCCCGGUGGCGCGCCGCCAGCCUAUGGCCUUCCUCCGCCCAUCAGUUCCGGUAGUGUUGAUCUGGCAGGCAUAAAGCCCGUCAGUUCGGGUUCCGUUAGCAUCGCAGAUGCGAUUGCCAAAGCCCGAGGCAUCGCUGCUGAAAAAGGCAUUCCUUACGACCCUAGUAGACCCCCCAUCAACACAGAUCCGCGCUCCGGCAGUCGAGCCUAUCGACGCUCACGGUCUCCAUCGAGGUCGCCGCCCAGGAUGAACCGAGACUCUUACCGCGACAGCUAUAACCCCUAUCGCGAUGAGAGACGUGGGAACGAACGCGCUUACACGAGAGAGAGAUCGCUUUCCCCGAGAGGUGGGCGGUAUUCUCCUGCCAGAUUCAGAGACGACAGAUCUCCUGGACGCGAGCGGGGUGCGGGUGCUGAAGGUGAAUCGGAAGUUCUGCCUCUAGAGAAAGGAGUCGUUGGUUUGGUGAUCGGACGUUCAGGGGAAAACUUGCGAAGGAUCGAGAAUACUACAGGUGCGCGCGUCCAAUUCUUGGAUGGACCCGAGGUCGCCGGCACACAGAGACACUGCAGAAUCUCAGGCAGUCGCGCAGCACGGUCAGCCGCAAAGGCUGAGAUCUUCAGAGUUAUUGACGACAACGAUGUGGCCAAGAGAGGCGGGGGAGGCGGGGGAGGCGGUCCAGAGAAAUCGAGGGGACCGAGCAAAGCUUCCGUUCCCACCAGCAAAGACGGUGACAGCCUUCAGAUGAUGGUGCCUGACCGCACCGUAGGCUUGAUCAUUGGUCGAGGUGGAGAGACAAUCCGUGAUCUGCAAGAUAAGAGCGGAUGCCAUGUCAACAUCCUCGGCGAGAACAAGAGCAUCAACGGACUGCGGCCUGUCAAUCUUAUUGGCAGUGUCUCAGCUCAACAGUACGCCAGAGACCUGAUCUUGGAAAUCGUCGAAAGUGAUCAGAAGGGUAUCAGUAUCAAAGACCUUCAUCGAGAGCGAGAAGAAACCCAAGGCAAGAUCUCAGAAACAGUGUAUGUUCCUGGAGAGGCCGUAGGCAUGAUUAUAGGGAAAGGGGGUGAGUCGAUUCGUGACAUGCAGAAUCAAACAGGAUGCAAGAUCAAUGUCUCGCCUGCUUCUGGUCGGGAUGUCGAGCGCGAGAUUGGUCUGAUCGGCAGUCGCCAUGCUAUUGACGCUGCGAAACGUGCUAUUAUGGACAAGGUUGACACAGUGCGUGCUCGAUCCCAAGCUCGCGAUGGCCGCGAUGACUACACCGAUCGUUACACAUCACAACAGCAGCCCAGCUACCCACCGCCGGGUGCAUCGACACCUGCUCAGCCGGCUGCGCCACCCCCCGCCGCCGGAGCUGCAGAUCCCUACGCUGCUUACGGUGGCUAUCAGAAUUACCUCCAGAUGUGGUAUGCCGCAAUGGCAGCACAACAACAGCAGCAGGGUGGCCAAGGUCAAGGUGAGCAACGAUAA